AUAGGUGACGCAUUUCAUUGUUCCGCUGCAUUAGUGCAGUUGGCUGAGGCUUGGCGAGUUUCAGAACAUUUAAGGGAUAUGUGCCCAACUUGUUCGGUGAUCGGCUGCAGUAAUGUGCCUCCGAUGCCCGGAAUAAGCUUCCACUCGUUUCCUAAGGACCCCAGAAGGCGUCGGUUGUGGGUGAUCGCCUUGAAGCGCGAUCGCUGGGAGCCCAGAGGGAGCAACCAAGUCUGCUCGGCGCACUUCACGGUCGAGGACUACGUGCACGACCCCAGCAUCGCCCUGCGAAUGGGCAUGAAGCCGUUUUCGCGACUGCUGAAGCGCGAUGCUGUCCCGUCCGUGUUCGAGCACGAUCGGAAAGCGAACAAGCUUCGAGGGCCUUUCGUAAAGCGCCGCCGAAAGGAGGUCAUCGAAGAGGCCUUGGCGGCUUAUGCGUCUCUGUCACCUGCAGCACGUCGACACAAAUCACGGUUAUGCGAGAAGCACAAGAAAUCAAAGGUCUCCAUCGGAUCAAACACGUGCCACCUGACGCGCAACCAAGGACUGAUGACGGAGAGGCCCCUGCUUCGCAACACAGGCGUACAGACUCUGAAAUAAGUCCUUCCAUCAUCAACGUUGUGGGACACGCCACAAACUGCAUUCCCUCGCGGAGACCAGUCUUGGUGCGAAACCUUUAUUACAGUAUGCCACAGUGCAGAUUGGGGGUUGGCGGAUUACAGCUGCAUGCAUCGGUGUGGCCUCCUGGAAUGUUAGCAUAGCAAGACGUGACAACGGCUGACAUGGCUGUGCCAUCAUUGCUAUGUUAGUCUCAAAGCUGUUUAAAAGCUGCGAUCGCUACUGUUGUGCUGUCUACAGCUCUUGCUGUAAGUAUUGUACAAACCAUCUGCAUUUCCUCUUUGUCUAUACUCCAAGUCCAUAUUCUUGUCAGCUCCUAUCACCUAAAACCCAGGAGCAGAAGAAGCAGUUCCAACGGCACUACCAUGAUGACAGUGUUGUACACAACCUACAGUAUUUAAACCAUUGUCUCUGUAAAUAAAGAGUAUUGC